AUGUCGUAUGCUGAGAAUAUCGAGCAAGCGAUCUCCAACUGCAGGCAGCAGACUGUGCUUAUGCAGCGCUGUCUGUCGCAGGGGAAGCUCAUGGAUGCUCUGAAACACACGUCAAUCAUGCUCACGGAGCUUAGGAGCCCCACCUUGUCUCCCAAGCAGUACUACGAGCUCUACAUUCUGAUUUACGACUCUUUGAGUAUACUCUCCAGCUACUUCGUCGAAUGCCACCCGAAGAAGCACCACCUGGCAGACCUGUACGAGUUGGUUCAGUACGCUGGUAACAUUUUGCCCAGGCUGUACUUGAUGAUCACCGUUGGUAGCAGCUACCUCCAGUCUUCCGACGCUCCCCGGGAGGAAAUCCUCAAAGACAUGAUUGAGAUGUGCAAGGGUGUGCAGAAUCCCAUCAGAGGCCUGUUUCUGAGGUACUACCUCUCUCAACGAACAAAACCUUUCUUUGAGACUGAAGACCCCGAGGCUAAGAGAGCAAAUAUAAGCUUGAUCGUUGCCAAUUUUAUCGAGAUGAAUAAACUUUGGGUUCGCCUGCAGCAUCAGGGCCCCUUGCGUGAGCGCGAACAGCGUACUCGCGAACGCAAAGAGCUUAAGAUUCUUGUCGGUACCAAUUUGGUUAGGCUCUCGCAAAUUGUUGAAUCUGAUUUCGCGAUGUACAGGGAUGAGAUCUUGCCGCUGGUGCUCGAACAAGUGGUUCAGUGUAGAGAUAUCGUCUCGCAAGAGUAUCUGCUUGACGUUAUUUGUCAAGUUUUCCCUGACGAGUUUCAUUUGGGUACUUUAUCAGAACUUUUAAGCACUACUUUAAAGCUCAGCCCGGCUGCUCCAGUGAACGAAGUGGUCCUUACAUUGGUUGAAAGACUCAACGGAUACAUAGACAGACAGGAACAUCCGGGGCCUGAUGAACUUGCUAAGAAACUUGAGUCUCUUGACAUUUCCAGUGAAAGCCAGAAUGUCUUUUUUGUUUUUUGGAAGUUUCUCAACCAGCUUAAUGAGGAAAGGCCUGAUUUGUCAUUACAAGAGUUUGCUCCUAUUAUCAAAGGAAUUUUGAAACUAACGUUAAGAUGGUAUCCCGAUAAUUUAAGCAACGUGGAUGUCCUUUUAAAAUUCAUGUAUGAAAAGUGCAAAGAAAGCGGCCAGACUGUACCUGAAGACUACGACUAUCUGUUUCAGGAGCUGCUUUUGGCUAACGACUUGAGGCAUGAUCCACGCUUUUUCUACCAGGUCCUCACAAAGUGCGAAUCUUACCAAAAAUUAUUCCGUGUCCAGAACAAGGGCCUGCAAAAGUUCUGUGUCAACGAGAUUCUUGAUGCGAUUACUCACGCGGAUCUGCGCAUAAGCUCUGAAACUGAGCUCCAAAAGAUUCUGGGCGUUUGCGAGGUCAUGAUAGAGGUUGGCGCCGAAAAGGCGAGCUCUUCCUUGAUACUUGAUGAGGAUGACGGCACGGAUGCUGAAAAAUGGUCCUUGAAUGCCGACCAGGAGAAACUCGCCAAAAUUGCACAUUUGUGCUACAAUAAAUCCAUUGAGAAACAUACCGAACUCUUAAUAGCUUGUCGGGAAUGGUUCCAAAAGGGAGACAAAAACGCAAAGUAUCUCUACCCGGCUGUAAUAUGCAAUAUAUGGAAGCUGAUCCGGAAAUGCCAGUUGAUGAUCAAAAGGAAACCACAACGCCGUGAAAAGAUGAGCACCACCAUCAAGCAGCUCUUCAAACUUGCUUCAAGAACUAUCAACGAACUUUAUAACACCUGCGAGGGAGGGUGCCUUGAUUUACUCUACAAGCUCAACUUGCAGACAGCCUCCCUUGCAGACCAGCUAGAGCUUGGUGACAUUGCCUAUGACUUUUUCUCCCAGGCCUUCACUAUAUUUGAAGAGUCACUAAGCGAUUCGAGGACGCAAUUCCAGGCUAUUGUCAACAUGGCACAGACAUUGCAGAAAACGCGGUCUCUGUAUGCAGAAUCCAGCUAUGAUACCCUAAUAACAAGAUGCACUUUGCAUGGAUCAAAGCUGCUGAAAAAGCAGGAUCAAUGUAGAGCUGUCUAUACGUGCUCUCACUUGUGGUGGGCCACUGAGAUAUCAUUGCUCGGUGAAGAGGAAGGUGUUACUGAUAAUUUCUUUCGCGAAGGAAAGCGUGUACUGGAAUGCUUGCAACGCUCGCUGAGGGUAGCGGAUUCUAUCAUGGAUAACGUUCAGAGCUGCCAGUUAAUGGUGGAGAUUUUGAAUAGAUGUUGCUACUACUUUGUUCAUGGUGACGAGAACUCCACGCAUGUUGGCACUAAAUACAUUAACGGGCUAAUCGAGCUCAUCAAAACCAACCUAAAGUCCCUCAAGAUGGAAGCAAACCAGGGCGAAGAUAGUGGAGAAAGGUUUUUUAUUGGUACUGACGGCUCAUACAUUCAUCAAAGCCCCGUCAACAGCGUCAGCGCGGUGUAUAACAAACCGCCUACGUCGAAAGGCAACAAUUUGGCUUCUGUUCCAAUCGAAUUCUUUCAGAGGACAUUGCAAUAUAUAGAAGAUCAGAAGGACGUCGACGAGAGGUUCAAGGCGAUUUCUGUUGGCUCCACGUCCUGA